UUUUUCUCUAACCAAAAAAAAAGAAAAGAAAAAGAAAUACAAAAUGAGACGAACAGCUAAAAUUACGUAAGAACCCCUCGAGGGGUUUAGCUUUUAGCAGCCAAGGCUUACCUCUUUCUCCGUGUUGUUUCUGCCGAGUAGGGUUGCAGUAGAUAAACGCCACCGCACAACUCCAACCUCAGUAUCACUCACAUUGCCGUUACUCUCACCGGCCGGUGACCUCAUACGGCGUCGUCACCGGUUAAAAUAUUCAUUCCUCUUCAAGUAAUCAUCUCCUCAAUAAGAGACUUCUCCAUUAGUUCGACAGUAUGGGCGGUUCGCUGCCUCCGAAGGAGGCAAACCUUUUCAAACAGAUUGUUAAAUCAUACGAAUCAAAGCAGUAUAAAAAGGGAGUGAAAGCUGCAGACACGAUAUUGAAGAAGUUUCCUAAUCAUGGAGAAACCCUUGCGAUGAAAGGACUGUCACUGAACUGCAUGGACCGCAAAACAGAAGCCUAUGACCUUGUUCGGCUAGGUUUGAAGAAUGACCUUAAGAGUCAUGUUUGUUGGCAUGUUUAUGGUCUUCUGUACCGGUCUGACCGAGAAUAUAGAGAAGCAAUUAAGUGCUACCGCAAUGCCCUCAGGAUUGACCCUGACAACCUUGAAAUACUAAGGGACCUGUCUCUUUUACAGGCGCAAAUGCGUGACUUGGAUGGUUUCGUUGAGACAAGACAACAACUGCUCACCUUGAAGCCAAAUCAUCGCAUGAACUGGAUAGGCUUUGCUGUUGCCCAACAUUUAAACUCGAAUGGAUCAAAAGCCGUAGAUAUCCUCCAAGCGUAUGAAGGUACACUGGAUGAAGAUCAUCCACCGGAUAAUGAACGAUGUGAGCAUGGUGAAAUGCUUUUGUACAAGAUUUCAUUGCUCGAGGAAUGUGGGCUUUUUGAGAGAGCUCUUGAGGAGUUGCGGAAGAAAGAAUCUAAGAUAGUUGAUAAAGUGGGCUAUAAGGAACGAGAAGUUUCACUUCUUGAGAAGCUUGGUAGGUUGGAAGAAGGUGAAAAACUGUACCAAGUGCUAUUGUCUAUGAAUCCUGACAAUUACAGAUAUUAUGAAGGGCUACAAAGAUGCAUGGGAAUUUUUUCAGAGGAUGGCCUUUACUCCUCAGAUGACAUCAAUAAAUUGGAAGCCCUGUAUGCAUCACUUGCUCAGCAAUAUAAUAAGUCAUCUGCUGUUAAGCGGAUCCCAUUGGAUUUUCUUAGUAGUGAAAAGUUCCAAAAUGCCGUGGAGAACUACAUUCGUCCUCUCCUGACAAAGGGGGUUCCUUCGUUGUUUUCCGAUCUUUCACCUCUCUAUGAUCAUCCUGGGAAGGCAGAUAUUCUGGAAAAACUGAUGCUUGGAUUGGAGCAUUCGCUUAAGACAUCAUGUCAGUUCCCUGGCAGCUCAGUGGUAGAGCCACCAACAACUUUGCUGUGGACCUUGUUUUAUUUGUCUCAGCAUUUUGACCGACGUGGCCAACAUGAAAUUGCUUUGGAAAAAAUUGACGAGGCUUUAGAACAUACUCCAACUGCAAUUGAUGCAUAUUCUGUGAAGAGCAGAAUACUCAAGCAUGCUGGUGACAUGGAAGCUGCAGCAGCAAUCGCAGAUGAAGCUAGGCGUUUGGAUCUGGCGGAUCGUUAUAUUAACAGUGAAUGUGUUAAGCGCAUGCUACAGGCUGAUCAGGUUUCUAUGGCUGAAAAGAUUGCUUUAUUAUUCACAAAAGAUGGAGAGCAACACAAUAACCUGUAUGAUAUGCAGUGCAUGUGGUAUGAACUUGCAUCUGGGGAAAGUUACUUUCGGCAGAAUGACCUGGGACGGGCAUUGAAGAAAUUCUUAGCUGUUGAAAAACAUUAUGCAGAUAUUGUGGAGGAUCAGUUUGAUUUCCAUGCCUAUUGUUUACGAAAAAUGACCCUCCGCACCUAUGUUGAAAUGUUAAAAUUUCAGGAUAGGCUGCAUUCUCAUGCUUAUUUUCGCAAAGCAGCAUCUGGAGCCAUUAGAUGCUAUCUUAAGUUGUAUGAUUCUCCUUCUAAGUCAUCUACUGAAGACGACGAUGAGAUGUCAAAGUUACCGCCUUCUCAAAGAAAGAAACUGCGGCAAAAGCAGAAGAAGGCAGAGGCUCGAGCUAAGAAAGAGGCAGAAGUAAAAACUGAGGAAGCAAAUAGCACUGCUGUCUCUAAAUCUGUAAAGCGCCACUCAAAACCUGUAGAUUUAGAUCCACAUGGCGAGAAAUUAUUACAGGUUGAAGAUCCGUUACUCGAGGCAACCAAGUAUUUAAAGCGUCUUCAGCAGUAUUCUCCUAAUUUUUUGGAGACUCACCUUCUUUCUUUUGAAGUAAAUAUGAGGAAACAGAAAACUCUAUUAGCAUUGCAGGCACUAAAGAAUCUUAUUCGAUUGGAUUCUGGCCAUCCAGAUACCCAUUGUUGUCUGGUAAAGUUCUUUAAGACGGUUGGAUCUUUGCCUGCUCCGGUGAAAGAUGCUGAAAAGGUGGUCUGGAGUGUCCUGGAAGCCGAACGACCUUCUUUUAGUCAGUUGCACGAGAAAACUCUUGUGGAAGCAAACACUGCUUUUCUUGAGAAAAAUAAAGAUUCGUUGAUGCAUAGAGCCGCCGCUGCAGAAAUGCUGUUUGUUCUGGAACCAAGUAAAAAGGCUGAAGCUGUCAAAUUGAUUGAUGAUUCAACUAAUGAUAUUGUUGCAAAAAAUGGAGCCCUAGGACCCGUAAGGAAAUGGAAGCUUAAAGAAUGCAUAGCUGUUCACAAGCUCCUAGGUGAAGUUUUCAAUGACAAUGAUGCAGCUUCAAGAUGGAAAUCACGGUGCGCUGAGUACUUCCCUGUUUCAACGUAUUUCGAAGGCCAGAAGAGUCCUACGAUACGGAAGUCUAGCUCUCCGCAGAUUGAGAACUCUGACAAUGCAGGUUCAAACAGUAUACAUACUGAUCAAUCACCAAACGGAACACUUUGAACACUUCAUGCUGGAGAAGAUGAAAGGCCGUCUGCACUACCAAUAUCAUACAUGAAUCAUCCCACAUUUCAGGAUUUAUUAUGCUGAGCAGAGUUUGGGUAUGAUCUCCUUUGGCGGCCUAAAGGAAGCAUUUGUUGAUAUGAUCGUGUCUCGACUUCAUUUCCAGCAUUAGAUAAUUAAAGGGGCAGCGCAGUAGUUAAUUUGAAAGCAGAAAGAACUAGUUUCUUCUGCAUUUUUGAUUUUCUUUGUUACUUUUUUGGGGUGAAAUUCUGCAGUUUUGAAAUAGGGAAAAAAAAUUUAGGUUGUACUGUAAAGACCAUCUUCCCUCUUAACAUAUAAUUUCAGAGGCAGAGGAAAUAUACUGUUGUCUUGAAACCUAAACUGAUUUUUUCGUUUUUAUAAAAGAUGAACACUAGGAUACUGUUGAAAUAAACUUUUUUUUAUUGAGUCUUAUCAUGGAUUCAACGACAUUAUUCUCUUGAAUCGAUAAUUUGCUUGUAAACCAG